GAGCGACCCUAUGUUACUCUCACUUUUGCCCAAUCUCUCGAUGCGAAGAUCGCUGGCAGGGGUGGGGUGCAGCUUAUGAUCAGCGGCGAUGAAAGUAUGAAGAUGACCCAUUGGAUGCGUACUAUGCAUGACGGUAUUUUGAUCGGGGUUGGUACCGCUACGAACGACAAUCCUCAACUGAACGUUCGCCACCUACCAUUCCCACCUCAGAAUACCCAUCUUCAGCACUAUCAUCACCCGCGUCCAAUCGUUUUGGAUCCAGCCCUUCGUCUUUCGAAGAAGUGUAAGCUAAUCGCCAAUGCUUCCAAAGGCGCCGGUGUGGCACCGUGGAUAGUAGCUGCUCGUCCAUCUAAGGCAGAUGGCUUCUGGGCAAGCGAAGGCGAUGAAGAUAGCGCAAAGGAGUGGGAGGCGCGAAAAGAGACCCUUGAGGCUGCUGGCGCAAAAGUGAUCCUAAUCGAACAACCCAUCCUUCAUCCUGAUCUUCCGUCGACAAGUACUGAUCUUGACCUCUCCGCCGUUCUGAAGGCGCUGCGUGCUGAAGACAUCAAGUCUGUCAUGGUUGAAGGCGGCGCGAGGAUCAUUCAGUCGUUCCUGUCCUCGACGGUGGAGUCGGGCAUUAUUGACACUCUGGUCGUGACUACCGCUCCUGGGUUCAUUGGUCGAGAUGGGGUAGGCUAUGGGGAGGGCUUGUCUCGUGUUCCGGGUAUGCGAUAUGUGGCAACUGAGGUUAUGGGGAAGGACACGAUCGUCGGUUUUAAGGUGGCCUCGUGA